AUGGUCCGAGUCUUCUCUUCGGCACUCUUGCUGUUCUCUUUGCAUAUCGCGUAUGCGAACCCUGUGACCGUUAGACGACGGCAGUCAAUCACAACGUUGUCGGCGAGCCAGAUUGCAACGUUCAAACCGUUCACGUUCUUUGCGAGUGCUGCAUACUGUCAGCCCAGUGUGACGAAGACCUGGAGCUGCGGAGCUAAUUGCGAUGCAAAUCCCGGGUUUAUACCGAUCGCAUCGGGAGGCGACGGGACUGAUACUCAAUUCUGGUAUGUGGGCUUUGACUCCUCAUUGAAUACUAUCGUUGUAGCACAUGAAGGGACAAACACUUCUUCAUUAAAUGCAUUAAUAUCCAUUUAUAACAGCGUAUCUGAGUUAAGUGAUAUCGACAUACCAAAGCGGUCCCUGGAUCCGACUCUUUUCCCUGGCGUACCUUCAUCAGUAGAGGUCCACAGUGGAUUUGCUGGGCAACAGCAGAAUGCUGCACCUGCUAUCCUAUCCGCAGUACAAUCCACGCUGUCAUCGCAUCCAGGGGCUUCCGUGACUAUAGUCGGGCAUUCUCUAGGCGGAGCAAUCGCACUCAUUGACUCUGUCUUCCUGCCUCUGCACCUCCCAUCAGGCACAACCAUUACGACUAUAACCUACGGCAUGCCUCGUGUCGGUAACCAAGACUUCGCGAAUUACGUCGACGCUCAUGUUACGAGUCUAAAUGGUGGAACCGGAUUAACGCAUAUCAAUAACAAAGAAGAUCCCAUACCAAUUGUCCCCGGAAGAUUCCUCGGCUUCCAUCAUCCCAGUGGUGAGGUGCAUAUCCAAGAUUCGGGAGCGUGGGACGCGUGCCCAGGUCAGGACAACACCUCGGACCUUUGUAGCACUGGCGACGUACCAAAUAUAUUCGAAAGUGAUGAGUCGGACCACGAUGGGCCGUACGAUGGAGUAGAAAUGGGUUGCUAG